AUGAACACACCUGACACAAAGCCCAUUUCCAAGACAGAGCCCUGGAUGUGGAACUCAGGUAGCCUGUCCAUCACAGAGUCAGUAAAGGAUGAGGAGACCAAGGUCCACCGGGCGGUCAGUGUGUUCCAGUUCUAUGUCCAGCCCUGGCUGGCCGAGCUGGUGGGCUCAACACUUUUCAUCUUCACUGGGUGCAUGUCUGUCAUAGAGAAUCCACUGGACACUGGGAGCCUCCAGCCUGCUCUAGCACACGGCCUGGCCUUGGGUAUCGUUAUUGCGCUGUUCGGAGAGAUCAGUGGAGGCCACUUCAACCCUGCUGUGUCUGUGUCUGUCUGCCUCAUUGGGGGUCUCAAUGUCAUCCUGCUGUUGCCUUAUAUAACAGCACAACUAUGUGGAGGACUCAUCGGAGCAAGUCUGGCCAAAGUUAUCUCUCCACCCAACAAUUACUUUAACACAUCCGGCGGUGCGUUUAACACAGUGAAAGACAGCGAUCAGGUCGGGCCCGCUGUUGUAGCUGAGAUGGUGAUGACGCUGUUCCUGACCAUGUCGGUGUGUAUGGGGGCAGUGAAUGGCAAGACACGUACCUUACUGGCCCCAUUCUGCAUUGGACUGACCAUUACAGCUGAUGUCCUAGCAGGAGGAUUGAUCUCUGGAGCCUGUAUGAACCCGGCCCGUGCAUUUGGGCCAGCGGCAGUGGCUCAUUACUGGACCUAUCACUGGAUCUACUGGGUUGGGCCGAUGGCUGGAGCUGUGCUCACUGGAACUCUCAUUAGGUUGAUGCUCGGUGAUGAGAAGAUUAGGCUGCUGCUGAAGUGACCUGCUGAUGCUGGAGAGGUCAAAGAGCAAAACUUAAUAGUACUGAAUAGUACUGGCAUUUUGUCAUUGCCAAAUG